GAGGACGCAGCUGUGAGCCGGGAUGUCUGUGGCGGAAGCCCCGCCGGUCUGCAGGCUCCGGGUCCUGGCGGACUCCGUGUCGGAGCUGCUGACCCGGGUCGGGGAGGAGAUCUUGGCUGAGCUGGAGAAGCGGAGCGGAGGGUCCGGGUCCGGGUCCGGGUCCGGGUCCGGGUCGCUGCAGCUGCUGCGGCCGCUGCUCACCGAGCUUCUGACGGAGGCGUCGCGGCGGGUCGUCGGUCUCCUGCAGCGGGAGGUGGAGGAGAACCGGCGCCUCCUGGAGGCGGUGCAGAGUCCGGAGGUCCGACUGAACCGGACAGACUCAUUCUCUCUCAGGUCGGCGGCCACUGAACAGCCCCUCCCCUUUCCGUCAGACUCCACCCCCCUGCCAUCGGCCCCACCAAGCCCCGCCUCCUCAGAUGUCUCUGCAGCCGAGACAGACACCGACUGGAGAGAAAGUGACCAGGAGAAGGACAUGGCGGCCGGAGGACGGCGGCGCGCUGGACAGCGCUGUGGUGUCUGCGGGAAAACUUUCCGUCACCGCGCAGAUCUGGUGAAACACGUGGAGAAGCACUCGGGCGACUCCGAGCGUCUCUGUGGAGUGUGUGGACAGAGAUUCGAGUCCUCAGAUAGUUUGUUGGACCACCUUAGAUCUCACAGAGAAACCGUGGGUGGAACCUGUGACGUCUGCGGGAAGACGUUUCAGAACAUGGAGACACACAUGAGGAGACACACCGGAGUCAAACCGUUCAACUGCAACACCUGCAACAAGAGCUUCCCCCGAGCCGGAGCUCUGAGGAGGCACAAGAAGAUCCACAGCAGGAGCCCCGACACCUGCCCCGUCUGUGGACUCAGCUUCCCCCACACCCAGCGUCUCCACGAGCACCUGAGGACACACGAGGACGGCGCCGGAUCAGAGGACAAGCCGAUGGACGUGAUGAAGCCAAAGACAGAUACUGAACCGGCGUCUUGCUGCAGAGUCUGUGGCGACUCCUUCCACAGCCGUGGCUUCUUGAGGAAACACGCUGAAACUCAUUGCAGAGACUCUCCGAGCAUCUGCGGCGUCUGUGGACAGCAGCUGGACUCACCUGUCGACCUAGUGACUCACCUGCAGUCCCACAGAGAGACCGGCGGGACGUGUGACAUCUGCGGGAAGAUGUUCCAGAACAUGGAGACUCACAUGAGGAGCCACACCGGAGUGAAACCGUACCACUGCAGCGUCUGUGGCAAACGCUUCCCCCGAGCCGGAGCGCUGCGGCGUCACAAGAAGAUCCACAGCGGCGAACGGCCGCACGUCUGCCAGCGCUGUGGGAAGGCCUUCAUCGAGAGCAGCGCCCUGAAGACACACAGCAAGAGUCACUGCUGGGACGUCCAGGAGGACACGGAGCCUCCAGAGGACUCUCAGAGCCUGGGAGCCGAGGUAUCGCUGCCCUCGACCCUCUGCUGUAAAGUCUGCGGCGAGUCUCUCCAGAACAAAGACAGUCUGAUGAAACACGCCAAGAAUCACUCCACAGAGUCCGUCUGCGGCGUCUGUGGUCAAGCGCUGAGUUCAGAGACACUCGCCAACCACCUAUUGACCCACAGAGAUGCCGGGAAAAUCUGUCACGUCUGCGGUAAAUCCUACCAAAACAUCGAGACCCACAUGCGAAGCCACACUGGGGUGAAACCGUACCCCUGCAGUGUCUGCGGUAAGUCCUUCCCACGGCCCGGCGCCCUGCGGCGCCACAAGAGGAUCCACAGCGGAGAGAGACCCUACAUCUGCGAGUUCUGCGGGAAGACGUUCCUGGAUAAUGGCGCUCUGAUGACGCACAUCAAGAACCACUCCGGGGACAAACCAGCCAGCAGGGUCUCCUGCGAGACCUGCGGGAAGAGCCUGGCCUCAGUUCACGUCCUGCUGGUCCACAAGAGGAUCCACACCGGCGAGAAACCGUUCCUGUGCCGCAUCUGUGGGAAAACCUUCAGGCAGGUGGGAGGACUGAGAGCGCACAUGCUGACUCACACCGGGGAGAAACCGCACAGCUGCAGCCUCUGCAGCAAGAGCUUCAGCACCAAAGGCUACCUGGACACCCACGUCCGCUUCCACAGGAAGGAGCGGCCGUUCAGCUGCAGCUCCUGCUGCAAAGCCUUCGUCACCAAGAACGACCUCAAGAAACACCUCCUGACGCACAGCGGCGAGAAACCGUUCAGCUGCCUGGUGUGUGGGAAGAGCUACCAGGAGAAACGCUCCAGAGACGUCCACAUGAAGGUCCACCGGGACGGCGAGGAGCCAAUCAGGAGGCAGGACGGCCGGCAGCCAGACUUCAUGCAGCUCUGACAGCGACGUCGUCAGAGACACCACAGGUUUCCACGGAGACCAGACACUAAAUUAAAACACUGUUAGGUCAUUUAAAGUCCUGGAGAACGAAAUGAUUUAAUAUGGUCCCUGAAUGAGUCCAGUUCUUCUGGAACGUUCCUGGAAGGAGCUCCAGGUUUUCUGUGACGCUUCCUUUAAAUCAGGUCUAAAUCAGGUCCAGACUUUAUUUAAAAGACUGAAAUAAACUGGUGGAUGUAAAAGACAACAUCGUUCUUAUCGGCUUAUGUUUGUUAUUAAUAAGAUCCAAACGGUUCAUUAAUCACUGGGGGAGAACCAGGGGGGACCAGGAUCAGUAGAGGACCAGGACCAGGGGGGACCAGGAUCA